AUUAAUAUUUUAUUUUAUCAGGUCGUUUGUUUUUGUAGAAGUUUUUUGUUUAAGAUGGUGGUCAAAUUAGAUAGGUUGUAUCCACGUGCCGGAGAAAUUUCUACCGGCUUGGUCUCGCACAGUAAUCUGGAUUCGCCGCAAGGGCACCAACUGAAGAAAAUAGAGGAGAAAUCUGUUCUGGUGGCAAGAGAACUAAAAUUUGUUAGAUCACUUGCGGGAAACGAUGCCAAGCUUAGACGAAAGGUCCUUAAGAAUCUUAGAACAUGGCUCACCACUAGGAGCAAGAGUACUUUUGCGUUCACGGAAACGGACUUCCUACGAUUAUGGAAAGGUUUAUUCUACUGUAUGUGGAUGUCGGAUAAACCACUGAUUCAAGAGAAUUUAGCUGAGGAGAUUGCUUCUUUGGUGAAAUGUUUUGAUGAUUUGCGUAUAUCUCUCCAAUAUUUUGGGGCAUUUCUUGAAAUCAUGUGUAUAGAAUGGUUCGGAAUUGAUCAUUGGAGGAUUGACAAAUUUAUGAUGCUUGUUCGUCGGUGCACUCGUCAAAUGCUAAUUCUUAUGCAUGAGGCCCAAUGGCCAAAUCAACACGUUAAGUCUCUAAUGCAACACAUCGAAAAAACUAUUCUUAGUACAGACAGGUGUUCCUUCGGGCUUACUAAGCAUUUUAACGAAUUAUUUUUGGAAGAAAUUGCUAAGGUCAGUGAAGGUGAUGUAAACGCGGAAACUAUUCAUACUAUCGUGCAGACAUAUGCCAUACGGCUGCUUGGAACAAAUGAUAGGCGAUUGAUUAAACACAUAACAUCGAGCAUAUUUCAUAGUUUAUUAUAUCAAUCGGAGCUUGGACAAAAUUACCAGGAGAAGUUUGAUCUAUGGAAGAAAAAUAAUUUUGUCACUGGUAACAUUGAUGAUGUUGAUUUUGAAGUUCAAUAUGAAGGAAGUGAAAAUGAACAAGAAAACGGCGAUAAUAGCCAAAAUGAACGUGUGUAUGAUCCUCGUGCCGGUCAAGUCGAUGUCAUCAUACAGGCAAUUAAGUUUGAUCCUCUGAAAAUAGUUGACAUUUUUGAAAGUAAUCGAUUCAAAUCGUUUGUUACGUCGAAAGGCAAAAAACAAAUGAAAAUGCUCGUGAAGCAGUACAAAACAUUUGCAAGCGGGUUAUUUCCGCUUGGUAUCCAAUCAGUCGAAAGUAUAUCUAAAAACGAUUAUGAUGUAGAUAUAGACCAGCAAGUUGAAGAGCUGGACAACUAUCAGAAGAAGUUAUUCGGAGAGGAUGCAGUCAAGAAAAAGAAUAAAAAAAAGGUGAAACAGAUAAAAUUGAAUGAUUCCGUUGUUCGCAAAGGUUUAAAAGAUGGGGCUCAUUUGAAAUCUGAAGCCACUACAACUAAAAAAAAGAAAAAGUUGUCCAAGUCUCAACUGAAAGACGCAAAAUUGAAAAAAUUGAAGCUUAGAAGGGAGGAAAAGAUCGAAGCAAUCAAAGAAAAAAAGUCUGAAUCUAAGCAGAAAUUGGAUGUUAUAACAUCCGAACUAAAGGUGAAAGACUCAAAUGUACCUACGAAAAGCUUCGUGAAAACAGAACAACUUCCAACUAAAACAGAAGGAACGUUUGACGUCAAGGAUGAAUGGUCUGAGUCUAUUAAAGAUGGUGAACUAGAAUUUUUUCUACCAUCGCGGAAAACUAAACUAGCAGAAAUUAAGAGGCAAGAUGAGAAAGAAGGAUGGUGCUCUUCACACAGUAAACCAAUCAUGGUAAAAAAUCCGUUUGCAACACCCAAAAGUUCGAUGAAAUCUUUAAAGCGCUCCUUUGAAACAUCAGCCCCGAACGACUCACCAGGGGCUAAAAAACGGGUUAAAAUUGCUUUAAAUAAAAAUGUCUCCCAGGACUUGUGUCAACACAUUCAGCAAGUUAAAAGUUCUCCCCAGUUGCCGUUUGAUUCUACCAAAAAACCUUCAAAAGGUGCUUUGAAGCCAAAUUUAAUUCCCAGCCCUAUAAAUCCGUUUUAUCGCAAAAAGAUUGGUCUCAAUCUUAAGAAAGGAUUGUAGCAUAACGGAGUCACUUUGUAAAAUUUAUGCGCAAGGCAACAUUAAUAUUGAAUAAAGUGUAUUAAAUGUA